AUGCUGCUGCUGCUUCUGCUGGCCCAGCUGUGGGCAGGGUCCCUGGCGCAGAAGCCUCAGAAGGCCCACAUGGUGGAGCUGGUGGAGGUUCAGGAGGGGCUGUGUGGCCUGGUGGUCUGCUCCUUCAGGGUCACCAAGGCCAGUCUGAUCAACUCCAAGACUCACCAGUACUGGUACCGCAGGAACCAGAGUGACCCCAAGAACCAGGGUGACAUCCUGGUGGCCACGAGUGAUCCCCAAGCCCAAAAUCAGAUCAGGGUCAAGUCCUCACUGCACCUCCUGGGAGACCCCAUGACUCCCAACUGCACGUUGGGAAUCUUUGAACCCCAGCGCCAGGAAAGUGGCAUCUACUACCUGCAGUUGAGCAAGAAUGAGAAGUUAGGACUCAAGACCCCACUACUGGCCCUGCACGUGACUGCAUUGACGCAGACCCCCUCCAUCCACAUGGACAAUCCCCUGCAAUCGGGGCGUCCCAACUAUCUGAGAUGUUCCCUGCCUGGGGCAUGCCUUGAAGGGUCACUCACCUUCUCCUGGCACGGGGAGGCCCUCAGGCCCUUGGGGCUGGUCCCCAACUCCUCCGAGAUCCAGCUGAGCCCCCAAGCGCAGGACCACGGCACCCCCCUCACGUGCCGGGUCACUGUGCGGGGAGCAAAUGUGAGCACUGAGAAGACAGUGUCGCUCAACGUAUCCUAUGCACCCGUGAACCUGAACCUCAGUAUUCUCCGAGGACAUUGUUCAGAAAAGAGCGAGUUGGACCACAACUCAACUGUGGAGGUGCGGGAAGGGGAAUCCCUGCGUCUGGUCUGUGAUGCCCGUGGCAACCCUCCCCCUAAACUGAGCUGGGUCUGGGGGGGCAGGCCAUGGCCCUCCACCCAGUGCUUGGGUGCUGGGAUCCUGGAGCUGUACCCGGUGGAGCGGCAUCAUGAGGGUGAAUUCACCUGCCAAGCCCAGCACCCCGGGGGCUUCCUGCAAGCCUCGCUGCACCUCUCCGUGGGGAAGUCCCCCCAGCUGCUGGGUCCCCACUGCUCCUGGGAGGCCCCGGCUCUUCGUUGUAGCUGCUCCACCCAGGGCCUGCCCGUUCCUGCCCUGCGCUGGUGGCUGGGGUCCGAGCUACUAUCUGGAAACUGCAGCAAUGCCUCCAUCCAGCUCAGCCUCAGUCCUGGGGAGCCCUGGGCCAACAGCUCCCUGAGCCUUCUUGGGGGAUUCGACGCUGGCCUCACGCUCAGCUGCGAGGCCUCAACCGUACACGGGGCCCAGAGAUCCUCGAUCCUGCUGCUGCCAGGGUGACUCGGGAUCGGUGGUGGAGUUGUUCUGGGGGCUGCCGGGGGAGCUGGUGUUGCUGGCCUGCUCAUUCUGUGUCCCUGUUUGCUGUUCUUCUUGAUGGUGCAGAAGCGGCGACAAGGGCAGCCAGUGGGGCCAUCACCUGCUUUGGACCUGGGCCAGCCCUUUGUGAGGGUGUGCAAGAAGAGGGCCCAUGUGAAGAGGGGAGCUGACCAGGGUGAUGCUCCUGCCCCUCUGGUUCCUGCCUCCCGGGACAUCCUGCUGCAGAGCCUCCAAGACUCCACACCCGCCGUGGGAGACUCCCCCGGCCCUGGACAGGAGCCGGAACUUUACUACGCGACGCUCAGCUUCCAGGGGCUCGAACCCCGCCCGGCCGGCAGACAGGAUGGUUCCAGCACCACCGAGUACUCGGAGAUCAAGACGCAGCAUGAGCACUUGGAGACGAGGACCAGGACCCAGGCGUGA